GCCUGCCGCCCCCUCCCCGGGCUCCCCGGUACCUUCUUCCCCCCAGCCUGCCGCCCCCUAACCGGGCUCCCCUGGUACCUUCUUCCCCCCAGCCUGCCGCCCCCUCCCCGGGCUCCCCGGUACCUUCUUCCCCCCAGCCUGCCGACCCCUCCCCGGGCUCCCCUAACAUCUCCUGUCCCCAGCCUGCCGCCCCCUCCCCGGGCUCCCCGGUACCUUCUUCCCCCCAGCCUGCCGCCCCCUAACCGGGCUCCCCUAACAUCUCCUGUCCCCAGCCUGCUGCCCCUACUUUAGACCUUAGUUCCCCGCCUCUACGCUCCGCUGCCCCCCAAUUUGUCUCCCGCCCCCCUAGUGGCGCUGCUACCCCUCCCCACCCCAGCUUGGCUGCCACCGCCCCCUGCCCCGGGCGCGGCUGCCGGGGAGCGACCUGAGCGGAGCUGCCGGCGGCCGGGACUUAGCCGGACUCCCAGCAGCGGAUCGGGACGGCCCCCAGCUCGGCCCCCCGCCACAGCGCCCGCUGCCCGCCAUGGACGGGCCGGUUUGGAGCGGGGUCCUGGCCGCGCUGGUGGCUUGCUGGCUGGCGGUGGGCGCCGGGGGCUCCCCGACGCCGCCCCCCACUGCGGGGGGCGCCCCGCAGGACACCUGCACGUCCUGCGGCUUCCGGCGGCCAGAGGAGCCGGGCAAGGUGGACGGGGAUUUCCUGGAGGCGGUGAAGCGGCACAUCCUGAGCCGGCUGCAGCUGCGGGACCGGCCCAACAUCACCCACGCCGUGCCCAAGGCGGCCAUGGUCACGGCGCUGCGCAAGCUGCACGCCGGCAAGGUGCGGGAGGACGGCCGGGUGGAGAUCCCCAGCCUGGACGGGCAGGCGAGCGGCGGGCCCCCGCUGCACGAGCAAGUGUCCGAGAUCAUCAGCUUCGCCGAGACAGAUGAUAUGGCCUCAUCUAGAGUCCGCCUCUAUUUCUUCAUCUCAAAUGAAGGGAACCAGAACUUGUUUGUCGUUCAAGCCAGCCUGUGGCUUUACUUGAAGCUGCUUCCGUAUGUCUUAGAGAAAGGUAGCAGGCGAAAAGUAAAAGUCAAAAUCUAUUUCCAAGACCUGGACACUAGCAACAAGUGGAAUGUGGUCGAAAAGAAAGUUGAUCUCAAAAGAAGUGGUUGGCACACUUUUCCCCUGACCGAAGUUAUCCAGGCUCUGUUUGAGAAAGGAGAAAGGAGACUGAACCUGGAUGUUCAAUGUGAGGGCUGUGAAGAGUAUUCAGUGCUGCCAAUUUAUGUGGACCCUGGGGAGGAAUCCCACCGUCCUUUUUUAGUAGUGCAAGCCCGGUUAGCUGAUAACAAACACAGGAUCCGGAAAAGAGGCCUGGAGUGUGAUGGCAGGACCAAUCUAUGUUGCAGGCAACAGUUUUACAUUGACUUUAGACUCAUUGGGUGGAAUGACUGGAUCAUAGCGCCAUCAGGUUACUAUGGGAAUUACUGUGAAGGGAGCUGCCCAGCCUACUUGGCUGGAGUCCCAGGAUCAGCUUCCUCUUUUCACACUGCGGUAGUGAAUCAGUACCGCAUGCGAGGGCUGAACCCAGGCACCGUGAACUCCUGUUGCAUUCCAACCAAACUUAGCACAAUGUCAAUGCUGUACUUUGACGAUGAAUACAACAUUGUGAAAAGGGACGUUCCCAAUAUGAUUGUGGAAGAAUGUGGUUGUGCUUGAUUUAAGGUGUGUUUCGGGGGGGGAGAAAGAGAACAUUCCCAUACUAGAUGGUGUUGGAGGAAUUUUCACUGUGUAUCCAGGCAUCGGUGUUAAGUCACUGUGGAAAAGUCUGGCAAAAAAAAAAAAGUUUCACAUCGGUGUCAGGACAGUGGCAGUUUGUGGAUCUUGGAUAUUUAAAUAUUCUACCAUUUGUAAACUAAUGCUAUGAAAUACUUUACACACACACACACACACGAGAUACAAGUAACAGGAAGUCAAUCACCAGUGACAACAUAACUAAAAUGCCUGCCAGUACAAGUGAAUGGCUAAGCAGCUGUUUCCCCACCUGCCUGGAAAGUCAGACUGAAAUGAGCUCUAUGUGCUCAUACAAAACAACACAAAAAAGAGAGAACAUAAUAUAUUCUUGCACGCAGGUGUCAAAAUCACCAAACUUAAAAAUGACCAUCACCUCUUGGGUCCAAAGGGAAGCCGCAGUCCACCUGCCUAUGCAGGUGAUCACUUCCUCUUAAUUUAAAAUCUCCUAAACACCACACAUAUCCUUAUCUUCCGACAGCACUUCCAGUAAGGAAUAUCACAUGAUAAAAUGAGAGAGAGAGAGAGAGAGAGAGAUACACAUAAGCAGCUACUGUAAUUCUGAGACUUGCUGUAUUCUUCUAAAUCACGUUUGGUUGGCAGUAUUUGAUGCUUUAACUGACUGCUAGAAAUCCAUGGAUGGCUAUUUCUGUUGUGCCAUUGAAAAGGGGCUUUUCUGUCCUAUCUGGAUUGUGCUGACCAUUAGCAUCUCGCUGUUUUAAGAACAAAAAAUCAAAGUUGCAAUCUGUGUAUUUCAGCAGGAGACUCUGCAAGGACAUGUAAUGUGGGAGAAAAACAAACAAAAUAAAUGCUACCACAACUAAACCAAUGAACCCUAAAAGGAAUUACAGUAACAUGGUGGACACACUCUGAAAAAUGCUGUGCAUUUAAUAAAAGGUGAAGAACAUUUUAACAAGUCUUGGAAAGGAGGAGAGUGCUUUCAAUUUCUUUACCAGGAAGUGUCAAGGAUGGCCAUUAAGAUCAGAAAAUAAAGAUGCAGCAUAGCACUUGCAAACUGUUUAAAUGCACAUAUUAUAGCACUUGCAGAUUUCAAUGCCUUGAAAAGUGGUACUUGAUAGUGCACUUAUCUUUGCUCACUAUCUAGGUAAACAGGUGCCGCAUGAGCUAUGCAAUUUAAAGUGUUGACCCAUACUAGACAGAACUGGACUUAUGAUAUGACUUUUUAUAUUUUUUUAUACUUGAAAUUAAAUCUUUUGCUUCUUUUUUAAAGCGAAUGAUUGCUUUUAAUGUUUGCACUGAUUUAGUUGCAUGAUUAGUCAAAAACCUGCCAUUUGAAAAAAGUUAUUUUUAUAGCAGCAAAAAUGAAUACAUUUAAAUGUAUUAUACGUAAAUUUUGGAACCAAAGAGGCCAACAUAUUUAGUUAUAAUUUUUAUGAGAUGGCAAAGCUAUCGUAUAUCAUGUAGUUGUACUGAGCAAUCCUCACAAGGCCUACCAAUUCUUUCAGGGUACAAAAUGGAUUGUUUGUUCUAUUCAAUGUCUUUUCUAUACUGUACGCACAUGGAACGUAGAGUGAAAAAAUGACUGUUCUAGAAUACAUUACAAUAUGUACAUCCUUUAAAUCCAUUUUUUAUGUUUAUUUAAUAAAGUUCCUUUUAGGUUCUGUUCCAUAGUAAUUUAAAACCAAACAAGUUUCACUUAGAUUUGCUGUUGAAGUAUUUUGCUUUUGUGUACAGAUUAAGUAAAUAAAAAGAUUGAAAACUGGAUGAGCUUUUAUGCAUGUCACCUCCUGGGGAGCUUGAUUACAUAUAAUUUACAACUCUCAGGAUUAAGGGUGAGGAGAGUGGGUAAGAUGGAGCAUGAACCUACUAUAAGGGUUGCCAAUUUUGGUUGGAUGUAUUCCUGGCCGUUUCCUCACAUGACAUAAUCUUUAAUUAAAGAUUAACCUUUAAUUCCUGGAGGCUCCAGGACAAUCCUGGAGGUUUGGCAACCUUAGACUGUAUUAACGUUGCUCACCCCAGCAAAGUCUGGGGUCCAGCCCCGAUCCUGGCCUGAAAAUCAUAUAUUAUGCUUUUCCAGCUUCACAGGCACCUGAACAGAUGUCAAAGAAGUAUUUUCAGUUCAUGUCUUUUUUUUUUUUGUAUGUCGUGAAAUCUGUCUUCAAGCACCACUUAAGGGACAGUCAAAAGUCAGUUGUUAAGCAAGCAGGUUCUAUAAUUAUGGAAUACAAAAAUGACUUGGGCCCAGAUCCUCAAAGCUAUUUAGGCAUCUAAAUUGAAAUCAGUGGGAGUUAAGCACCUAUGUACCUUUGAAGAUCUGGGCCUAGGUCACUUUUGAAAAUAAGAUUUGGGCUCCUAAAUUAUGUAAGCACUUUUUAACAUUUUACCCAAUGUCUGGGCAAUGUCUGUUGCUCUUAGGUGUGGAAUGAGUUACUGGUUUUAGCACAAAGCUGGGGGCUAAUAAAUCAUGAGAUCUAAUCCUGGCUCUUGACAAUGACCCAGCCCAGGGACUUAGACCAACAUGUUCAAAAGUGGGCUCUGAUUUUGAGUGCCAAUUUGAGGCACUAUAGGCUUGAUUUUCAGAAGCGCUGAAGUUGUAGGGGCUCAGCAUAUCUCAACAGCAGGUCCCAUGUAUCUCAAGUUGAACACCCAGAAAAAGAGGCACCCAAAAUGCGAGGCUACUUUUGGAAAUGUUGGCCUUCAUCUUUUUGCUUCAGGUUGCCCUCUCUAUAACAUGGGAAUAGCAUUUAUCUGCAGCUGUUGCAAAGGUCGCAGGUCACAGCAGGUGUUGUGAAGGUUAGUUAAUGUUUGCAAAAGUGCACAGUGGGCCAGAUCCAAAGCCCAUUGAAAUCAAUGGGAGUCUUUCACGUUGACUUCAAUGGGCUUCAGCUUAGGCCUUGUAAAUGCUACAUAUUAUUCAGUCCUGCUGGUGCGCUGAGGUUCUGGAGCUGGAAAUCCAUGCUCCUUCCUCAUUUAAAAUAUUCUAAAAGAAGUAAAAACUAAGUUCCCUACAUGGAACUCUUACUGGUGUUAAUGAGCGUUCUGUGAAAGGCAUGUCACAAUAUGGUGCACCAACAGAACACGCAAUGGAUCGACUUUGCACACUGUGCAUUUCCACUGGUAAUAGAUAAUUGCUCAGAAAUCAUCCAAGACUCACCUGCUUUGCUUUGUCACUUCUGAGAGAGAAGAAGUCAGAACUGGAAAUUAACAAUGUAUUUGUUGUACAGUCUGUUCACACAGCAAUAAUAUAUGAAAAUGAAAGUCAGUAUAGACAGAUCAUGAAGCAAGGGUUAAACUUCAUAUACUUUGCCACAACUGGCUACAGAUCUAUAAUGUUAGUU